CCUCGACCAACUGGCGAAGUCAUCGGCUCCUCCUCAAGCUCCUGUCCUUCCCGCAGUCUCCACUCCUGCUCCGGCCUUUCCUGCAGUGGGAACGGGUGCCAGACUGGAUUCUCCAGAGCGAUACUCGGGAGAGGCUAAGAAGUGUAAGCCGUUUCUAAUUGACUGUUUGAUUCAUUUUGAACAUUCUCCUCACGCUUUUCCCACAGACAGAUCUAAGAUCGCGUUCAUGAUCUCCCACCUGGCAGGGCGGGCUAGGGCUUGGGCUACGGCGGAGUGGGCACGGGACUCAGCUCUCUGCAGCUCUCUCCCUGACUUCCAGGAUGCCCUACUGAAAAUCUUCGACCCCGUCUCCGGAGAUCGCGAAAAGGCUCGAGAGCUGAGUAACGCGAGACAAGGUGCCGAACAAAUUAGCGAUUAUGCCAUCCGCUUCCGUACCCUGGCAGCGGAGAGUGGAUGGAAUAGCACCGCUCUGUACGACGUGUUCCUGAAGGGUCUAGCGCCUCCCAUUCAGGAGAAAAUGAUUCCACUGGACCUGCCCCCUGAUCUGGACUCGCUCAUCGCUCUCGCCAACCGUCUCCGGGAUCUAAAGUCUCAGCAACGGAGCGGAUUCACGGAGAGAAUGAGCAUCCCUCCCUUACAGCCCGCUGAUGGCCGUUUCGACCGCCAACCGCCUUCGCGCUCCUAUUCCCUCUCCCCAGCUAAGGAAGGAGAUGAACCCAUGCAGUUAGGACGAGUGAAACUCACGCAGGAGGACCGGCUACGUCGGCAGCAGGAGGGCCGCUGCUUUUACUGUGGAGAGUUGGGUCACCUGAUUGCUGCCUGCCGGGCUAAGAAACCCACAGCGGUGUCAUGUCACGGCCGUUGGCCCUGUUCAACGCAUUCUCACACCGGUCAGGUUAGUACAUCACGACUUUAAUUCGAAGCUCCGCGCUCUCGUUGAUUCAGGGGCAGACGAGAGCUUAAUGGAUAUAGGUCUGGUUAAGAAGAUUGGCCUCCAAAUUGAACUUCUUGCUAGACCGUUCAGGGCCAGUGCUCUGGAUGGGAAGGAACUAUUCACAAUCACGCAUAGAACAGAGACUCUGGAACUAAUAAUCCAGGGGCAUAGAGAACUCAUGACUUUUUAUGUGUUCAAGUCUCCUUCUCAGGCUCUGGUUUUAGGCUAUCUCUGGCUGAAAAAACACAAUCCACACGUAGAUUGGAGAUCUGGACAGAUUCUGAGUUGGGGAAAAGAUUGUGAGGGACUGUGUUUCGGCCCGCAGGCACCUAAGAUCACUGAGACUAUGAUUAAUGUUGUUUCCUCUGACUCCGCCACAGACCCUGAGUACCCAGACCUAAGAACCGUGCCCACCUGCUACCACCACCUCAAGGAGGUGUUCAGUUUGGUGGAAGUCACAGGGUUGACAGAGAAAUUUACAUUUAAUCCAAAAGAGGGAAUAGACAACCCAGUGAUGGUUAUCACAGAGGACUCAGAAUCUGUGUCAACACCCAGCCCACGUUUCUGUGUUCUUAAACGAGAGGAAGGGGAGUCCUACGGCUUCCAUCUGCGGGUGGAGAAGGGGCGCCAGGGUCACGUAAUCAGAAAUGUGGUGACAGGAGGGGUUGCAGGGCGGGUUGGUCUUAGAGAUGGAGACAGGCUCCUGGAAGUUAAUAACUACUAUGUUGAUGAUGUCCCUCACUCUGAGGUUGCCAGGAAGAUAAAGCUAAGCGGACACCAGUUGUGUUUAUUAGUGCUGGACGGGGUGGAGUAUGAGCAGGCUGUGUCUAGAGGUCAAGACCUUCAAAGUCUGGUCAGAGUGCACAAGGGCUUUAAACCACCUAGGCUCUGUCACAUCACCAGGGAUCCUGUGUCAGGUCUGGGCAUCAGCUUUACACCUGUGGAAGGAGAGAAAGGUCGCUUCACCGUGAACCUGGUUACAGGAGGUGCAGCUGAAAAGGCAGGGGUGUGUAAAGGAGAUCACCUGGUGUGGAUGGAUGGAGCAAUAGUGUCUGAUCUCACACACAGUGCACUCAGCAGGAUGAAGAAAAAAUGUGGUGAUCAUAUCACUGUCCUAGUGAUUGAUAACGAGAGUGAGAAGAACUACAAGCGACAGAGGAUACCCAUUCUGCCCACUAUGGCUGUUUCACAUAACCUGCCUCACAGAGCAAGAAAACUCCACCUGGUCAGUGGGUGUGAGGGCUACGGCUUCCUCCUUCGGUUGGAGAAAACAUCAUCAGGACGCACAUUUCAUGUUCUGCGUGGGGUGGACAGUGGCGGCCCGGCCGAGAAGGCAGGUAUGAAGGAUGGAGAGCUGCUGCUGGAGGUCAACGGAGAGUCAGUGGAGUCACUGAGUCAUGGCGACAUUGUGGACAGAGUGAGACUGAGUGGACAACAGGUCUCCAUCACCACGAUCACACCUCGGGGGCUGGAGUUUUACACCCGGUUGGGUCUAUCACCUCUUCUCUUCAGUGAGGAUGAUGCUGCUGAGAAGGAAACAGAGAGCAGCACACCAGCCUCUGCAGCAGAGCAAUCACCACAAAAGGAAAUGGAUGUCUCCUGUAAACCCAGACACUGUUCCCUCCAAAGAGGACCUUUGGGGUUUGGCUUUAACCUGGGCUGUGUCCCACAGAGACCUGGUACCUUCAUCAGCCAGGUGGCUUCCGGGGGCUCUGGACAGAGUGCAGGAUUACUUGUGGGUGAUGUGGUGCUGGAAGUCAAUGGACAAAAUGUGGAAGAGCAAUAUCUAGAAGAUGUGAUCUUGCUUGUGAAGGAGGGAGGACAUUUUCUUUCCUUACUAGUCAUAGAUGAGACAGGCUACAACAAGUUGAAGUCAGCUGACACACUUACCAGAGACAUCACUGACAAUGAGGAGGAAGACAAUUAUGAGAUAUCAUCUUUGUGAGCAGCAAAGAGACUAGGAAAUUCCAAACUUAACUGAACAAUUAUAUUAUUAUACUGGCCAGAUUGCCUUAAUCUGAUCCCAGGUUUUCACAAAGAAAUUCAACAGAUGAAACAGGUAAAAUGAGCUAAAUGAAACAGUAUAACUUGUGGAGCCCUCAAAGAAAUGUUGCAAUGUGUAUUUGUGUAUGAUUUGAAAAUGUCUUUUGGGUCAGUAUUAUAUAAUUAGAGGUGAAGAACAUUAAAUCUUAGACAGUGAUUGCCACAUCAGUUAGAUAAAUAAAAGAAUAAAAUGCUCCACAGCUUGAAUAACCACAAAUGAAUGAAGGGAACCCAGUAACUGUGGAGAAAGUGCAGAAACUCAAAAACUACAACACAAAAGGUGAGCAGAUAGCGUCAAGAGCAGAGAGAGAGAGAGUAUGUUUAUUGAGAAUGCACCUGACAGGAAAUAUCAUAUUGAUGGAAACAAUUUCUUUGUUUUUUAAGUGUGAUCUUAUUAAUAAUGCUUCUGGAUAUUCAUCAACCAUUUGCCAUGUUGAACUCUAUGAACUUUAUGCUAUGAACAAAAAUUUCAUAGAGUGACAUAACCAUAAAGGGCCAUGGGAAAAUUGUAUAAAUGUAAAAACAAAUGUAAAAGUGGUGAUGUGCACAAUACCUUUUUUGAACAGAAUUUAUGUGACCAUAACCCAAUAUUUUUAUGUAACUGAUGUGACAAAAUAUAUUAUAAGACUAAUUGAUCAUGACAUCACUUGGUAGCAUUUAGAUAUUGGAUGAGAUGUGAUCUGAUGGAUGGGUCAUGCCCUCUGGUGAUGGAGAUUCUCAUCCUAAGUAUAGUACGUGUUUCACUUUCAUCAAUUUACUGGUUAUGUGGCCCAGAAGGGUGUACUUGACCUGGAACGGUUGUUAUGAAAUGUUAAAUUAAACUGAAUUAAAACAAA